GGACGAUUGGCAGAACUGUUAGGAUUGGUACUAUGAUAGAGGUGCUUGAGGUAACCUUACUUUUUCAUAGGCUUAAAAGCACAAUAAUUUGUAAUGCAUUAUAGAAUAAUUUAAUGUAGAGUAAAUAUUGUUUAAAUUCAGUAUUUGGGUCAUUUUUCGUAGGCUAGUGCGUGCUUGUGAAAAACAGUGUAUUUAUUUUGUGAAGUCCUAAAAAGUAUAAUUAUGGGUUUAUAUUUAUCCUAUUUAUCAGAGCCAAUUACCGAAAAAGUAUCCAGCGAUGAAGCCAAUGAAAAAUUAGUAGUGGGUUCUAGUUCAAUGCAAGGUUGGCGUGAAAAUCAAGAAGAUUCUCACAAUUGCAUUCUCGAAUAUGAUAAGAAUACUUCACUAUUUGCAGUUUAUGAUGGACAUGGAGGUCAUGAAGUUGCAGUGUACACUUCACAAAUGCUUCCAGAAUUUAUUAAAGAAACUGAAGCAUAUAAAAGUGGAAACAUUGAAAAAGCUCUUAUUGAUGCAUUCCUUAAUUUUGAUGCUACUCUGAUUUCACCAGAGGUAAUUGAUAAGUUAAAAAAAAUAGCUGCUGAAAAAUUAGAAGCAGAAGAAAUAGAUGAUGAUGAUGACGAUGAAGAGAAUGUUUCUCAUUUGUAUGAAGAAGCAUCAAUGCCAAUAGAACAAGUGAUUGAGAAGUACACAUCCAAACUAUUAAAGACAAAGAAAAAAUCCUUAAAAGUGGUUCAAGUUGAAAAAGAAAAAGCAAGUUCCAGCUCAAAGUCUUCUUCAGAAGUAUCACCUAGUUCUACAUCAUCCAAAGAUAAUGUAGAUGAAGCUAUUUCAAACAAAUGUGAAGUUACCAGUAGCAUAUGUGAGAAAAACACAGAUUCUUUCACUCCAGAAACAUCUGCAAAUACAGUUUCUUCAACUUCUGAAGAUAAUCAAGACUUAGCAGAGGCUAACAGUGUCAAUGAAAAUGUUUGCAUAAAAGCUGAUAGUAGUGCAGAAGAAGGUGAAAAGGAAAUAACAGAUUCAGAAGCAAUAGUUAAAUCUAGUCAAAUUCAGAAUGGAGAUAUUUCACCCAACAAAGGUAAAAAAUCUGCAGAGGACGUAGAAAAAGUUGAUAGUUCUUCCCCACAAGAAAAUGGCUUUUUAUCCACUAAAGGGAAAGGCAAAGCAAUUGUAAAAAAGCAACCCAUAGGCGAUUCCGGAAGACCAAAAAGAACAGCAACCCAUUUGUAUAAUAAACUUCUCACAGAUUCUGUUAGCAGUGAAUCAGAUGAUGAUGAUGACGACGAUGAUGAAGAAGAUAAAACCUUCACAGGUCCUGCUGAUUCGUCUGAUGAUGAUGACAACGAUGUUGUUAACUCCACAGUAGAGACAGAAGACUGUUCUGAAAGUGAAGAUGAAGAACAAGAUGAAGAAGAUGAUGGGGAUGAAGAAGAUCUGGAUGAGGAAGAAGAAGAUGAAGAAAGCAUGGAAUUUCAAAAGAACAUGAAAGAUGAACCUGGAUCGGGCAGCGGUUGUACAGCUGUAGUAGCAUUACUUCGAGAAAAUCGAUUAUUUGUAGCGAAUGCGGGGGAUUCUAGGUGUAUCGUCUGUCGAAAUGGAAAAGCAGUAGAGAUGAGUUUUGACCAUAAACCUGAAGACCAGCCUGAAGAGGAACGAAUUAAAAAAGCUGGCGGCAAAGUGACUGCAGAUGGUCGUGUAAACGGAGGUUUGAAUUUGUCUCGAGCACUUGGUGAUCACGCAUACAAACAAAAUAAAGAACUGUCCGAUCGUGAGCAAAUGAUCACAGCUCUACCGGAUAUCAAAACUUUAACGAUUAAUCCAGGACAAGAUGAGUUUAUGGUGUUGGCAUGCGAUGGCAUUUGGAACUCCAUGACUAACCAGGAAGUUGUUGAUUUUAUCAGGAGUCGUAUUGAAAAAGGUGAAACAAGAAUGUCACGAAUAUGUGAAGCGAUGUUUGAUUCUUGUUUGGCGCCAAAUACAAUGAACGAUGGCACCGGUUGCGAUAAUAUGACUGCUAUAAUUGUUCAAUUUAAAAACAGUUCAAAAAAGCGUACGGCUCCGGAAGACGACAUUCAAUCAACAGAGUCCACUAAAAGAGCUAAGACUGACACAGAAGGAGAAUGUGCCCCUUCCAUGUAAUAUUUUUCAAUUCCAUACGUUUUUCUUAUUUUUCAUUUGGCCAAGAAUGUAUUUAUCUUCAGCAGAGGCCAAUUGUUUACACUAAUUGAACAUAAAUUUGAAGAUAAUUUAAAAAGAUGGUAUAAGUUGCGAAUUUGAACUGGUAAAAGAUGAAGUCAAAAAUGAAUUAAUUCAGUUUCUAAUUUUAGUACUUGACAAGAAAGACAGUAUAUUUUAUUACAAAAAGUGUAGUAGUGGUGCCUUCAUUUUUUACAAUAUGUAUUGUUAAUAGGAUUUAUAAAAUAAAUUUCUAAGAGACCAGUGAAAUUAAUUAACAAAUAGUCAGGUAGCAAUUAUGCAGUAUGUAAAUGCUUUCAAGGUAGCUAUUACUUGUAAAUAAUUACAUUUGCUUAAUUGUAUAUUUUUACUCAAGUUCUUUUAAUUUGAAAAUGCAGUAAUUAUGUACAAUAAAUAGCUAUACAUAGUUUAUAAAAUUAAUUUUUAUGCAACUAUUUUUUAACUAGUUUAUGUUUUUGUGUGUUUAUAAGUCCACUGUAGUUUAAUAAUUUGUAAAAUAUGAAAGUAUUUUUUAAUACAUUGUCUUACCUGAAAACG